UCAGGUGUGCGUAUCAAAAUGAAGGGUACCUGGUGUAUUGCAGUGGUCAGCGUCACGCUGUGGGCGACGUCCGCCACAGCUGACAGGUGUGCGUACCCGUGCACCAAGUCGGAGCGCAGCACCGAGUCCUGUGGAUGGUGGGGAUGGAAGCGCUGCAGCAAAUACAGGAGCGUCGCCAGCACCUGCUACAAAGACUGUACACACGGCCAGUGGAGCACCUUUUCAGCAUGGGACGCGACCGACACGUGCUCUCAACCUUGUGGAGGUGGGGAGAAAACGGAGCAGAGGUUCCGCCUGUGUAACAACCCGGCCCCUAGCAACGGCGGCAGACAGUGUGAAGGCGAGACGUCGGAGACGAAGACAGUGACGUGCAACACUCACCCAUGCCCAAUUGCCGGUGGGUGGAGCGACUGGUCGGAAUGGACCACUAUCGAGGAGUGCCCCGCGAUGUGUGGGGGUGGGAAGGCGGACCUGGAUAUCUGUUCUCCUGAUAACCCGAAGGUCCUGCGUCACGAAGUCAAAGAAAACCUCUACUACGAGUGCAAUGAGGCUGGCGACGUGGCCUACCUGGAGGAGUGCCCCGACCACGCCGCCUUCAGCAGCAUCGCGGAGACGUGUACGCCACAGCCCUGCAACAUCAUGGAGGGCUUGUAUCAACCGUUCUCCGGCGACUGUCGUAAAUACUUCAUGUGUCUGGCUGGUACUCGCACUAUUGACCUGGUGUGCCCCCCUGGCCUGGUGUUCAACGCCGACACCCGUCUCUGUGACGACCCUGCCACCACCCAAAUCUGCGGCAUGUAA